AUGUCCAGAGAGAUUCGCCCUACCGACUUUGACAACAAGUUUUUGCAUCAAAUCAAGUUGAAGGAAUUGCCAAAAUUCCUCGUUCAACAUGCUAACUUGAACGGUGUCUUCAGAUUCAACGCUUUCGUCACUAGAAACCUUCCUCAUCUUUCCUUCAAGCCAACCAGAUGGCGUUUCCCUCUUCUUUUUGUUGCUGUUCUCGGUUAUCCAGGUUAUAUUAGAGCUUUCGUUUCUAACGAUAGAACAAGUGAUGCUCUCAUCAACGCUAGAUUUGGAGAUGAAAUUAACAAUAUGACUGAAUAUCAAAAGAACUACAUCAAGACUCGUGUUUUGAAGAUUAUGGCUGAAAACAGAUAAAUUAGUUUUGUAUUAUUCAGAAGAAUUUAAAUUUUCUCUUCACCGAGAAUAAUAAUCGGUGAUUUUAGAUUAUUCCGUGUCCUUUUAUCAAUAAACAAGGGUUUGUUUUAUUUAAAAA